GCAGUGAGGUCGAGGUUUAUCGGAGUCCAGCUGCGCAGCUUUCACGGCAAUACUGCAUAUAAGCUAAGCGGGUGAUCUGGAUUUCCCGCGGUUUUAUUUUCUAUCAAAAAAAUCGAGCUUCAGUCUCUGAAACCAGCAACAAAUUUGUAAGAAAAGAAGCCAGUUAAAGAGAAGGGACUGCGGAGACAGAAAUUUGUAACAUAAAUCAUAAUCCACCCCGUUGCACUCUGAGUUCAUUGAGCGCAGUUUUCCGUUUCCAUCCAAUCAAGUGCCUACUGCGCUUGGCGCGCAUCAAGCGCAGGAAUUGGAAUUUAAUUUUCGCGAUACACCUGAGUUGUUCAUCCUGAAGUCAAAAUUCGGCUGGCAAAGAAAAUCUAACCUUUACACUGCCGCAAAUUCAGGCCCUUCGUGACGUAAUGUCAGUCAAAAUUCUAGUAAAUAUCUAUUAAAAUUUCCUUGUGUACUUCAGGCCUGCUCUGUUCGGAUAAAAACUUUCAAAAUGAUUUUUGUCAGCUGGCGAAAUGCUUGCAUGAAAUAUCCAACAGAAUAUAGGUUAAAGAGGCUCGCUCUUCUUCAACGAAGCAAACCCUUUCUGAAUCGCGAAUUAUACAAUACGCCGGCACACUCUGCUCCUGUAAAGUUGGCCUAUGCUGCCUACGAAUCAACGAGUGGAAACCCUCCUACUAUAACAGAGGCGCCAGCUCCUAUAAUUAUUAUUCAUGGUCUUUUUGGGUCCAAGAAUAAUUGGAACUCGUUGUCAAAAGUAAUACACCAAAGAACUAGUCGCAAGGUUAUAGCUGUGGAUGCCAGAAAUCACGGAGAUUCUCCACAUUCUUCUGAUUCUACAUAUGCUGCUAUGGUAGAGGAUAUAGUACUUUUGGUAAAAGAUCUUGGAAUCAAGAAGGCAGUGAUGGUUGGUCAUAGCAUGGGUGGUAGAGUUAUGAUGUAUUUGGCUUUAACUCAUCCAGAACUAGUGGAAAAAUUGGUCUCUGUUGAUGUUUCACCCACAAACCAUAGCCCAGGUCUCCUUUCCAUGGUGUCACUUUUUGAUGCUAUGAAAAAUGUGAAACUAGAUGAAAAUUUGUCAUUGUUCAAAGCUCGGAAGAUGACUGAUCAACAGUUAUCUGAUUCCAUUAAUUCUGCAGCAAUUCGUCAGUUUUUACUGACAAAUCUAGUUGAGGCCGAAGGCGGAAAAUAUAAGUGGCGCCUCAAUCUACCGGUACUUGAGAAACACUUCAACAGUGACCUUAGCAAGUUUCCAGCAACAGACAAAAGCUUUAGCGGGCCCACUCUUUUCAUAGCAGGCGAUAAGAGUGAUUACAUUACUGUCGAGGAUCAUGUGAGAAUCAAAAGAUUGUUUCCAGAAGCAAAAAUUCAGUAUAUACCUGGGGCAGGUCAUUGGGUUCACUCAGAAAAGCCAAAAGAGUUCCUAGACAUAAUUACUUCAUUUGUCAAUGAAGCACAGUAACGGUAAUUUUAGAUAGGAUGAUGAAUCAUUUAACACGAAAAGGUGAAGAGUUAGAAAUCAUUUUACUCUCUAACGGGAUGCUUUAUGAUAGUGUUUAGUGCAAUUCAUAUAUUUUUAUAGGAACUAUUAGAAAAUAAAAAUUGAAUAAGCACAGCACGGAAUUCAGAGUUUAGUCUGUACUCAUACCUUUUAGCAUCUGCAGUAAGUGACGACGCUAGACUCAGAAAUCUAGUAAUUUAUUUUUCACUGCUAUGCAGUGAUAAUUAUUAUGGUACAAGGCUACCUCAAUUCACAAUAAGUGUAUCAUAAACAUAUAUCACAUAAAUAAUUAAUUAAAUUCAACAAAUCAAUAUGUAACAUCUUUUAAGCCUUUGUUAUAGAAUAACAAUGAUUUGGUGCUACUGUGCCAAGUAUAGACAUUUUUUUCUGUCAAUGUGAUAUUAUACCGGUGCGUAUCACUUGUGCGAAGAAAAUGUCACGCAUUGAAGAUAUAUGCUUACCAAAAGGAGCAAAAAUUGUCUGAUCACAUACAUACUGGGACGUUUAAAAAGGUUCAUUAAGUAAUGUUUUCCUAAACCUUUGAAAGUGUUUUUUGUAAUAUGAGACGAAUUUCUAUAAAUUUA